AGCCAUCAUCCUUCUUGAUCCGCCCUUCAUAUUCUCGCAAGACAAUCUCGAUGCCCAGAUGUCCAGAUACCGCUCCUUCCUCCCACAUUCCACCCCUGAUGCGGAAGCCUCGUUUGAGAUCGACACGAGAAAUACGUAUACAGAGUCUUUCAUCCACUGCCUCAAGCGGAACCCACAUCUGUGCAGGCAGCAACCGUCCCCUGUAGUUAUCAUCCAGGAUCUCUACCGAAUCAUCGCAUCGGAAUGGGUGGCCGUGAACGCGUACCUGGAACGCGAUCUCAACGCCAUAGAGUGGCGGCUGGAGCGCGGCACUGCAAACAUCUCCACGCUCGACAUCUUCCUCGAGCAGAUCUUUGUCAUGCGGCGCCGCACACGCAAAUAUGAAUCGCUGAUUGACAACCACGUUCACGUCAACCUGCCCACUCACUGGCUCGACCCUAGCGAGCCUUCCUCUUCCGCCGCUGACGCCAUCAGCUCCGACUUCCAGCAAGUCCGCGACCUCAUACAAAGAAACAACGAGCGCAUCGCACAGACCGUCUCCCUCAUCACGUCCCUUAUGUCAGUCAUCGAGGGAAAGCGAGCGACGGAUCUGAAUCGUAGACUGACCAUUUUGGCCAUCGUGGCCACGGUGGCGGUGCCAUUCAACGUUUUUGCCGCCGUGUUUGGCAUGCAGACUGAGUAUGCACCCGGUGGAGAAAAGUUCGGCGUGUUUCUGUGGUCAGCGACGGGUACGGUUGGGGCGCUGAUGGUUUGUUAUCUGGCGUCUUCUGUGGGACCGAAGCUGGAAGAGAGACAGCGGCGCUUAAUGGGGCUGGGUUGACGCCUGUCGGCCGGUGUGAAGGAAAUUUCCUCAGAGCUGUAUUACUGGAUCAAGUGGCGAGAGUCGGCUAUUUGGGAAACAUGUUUGCAUCGCUUGAAGGCCUUAGGGAAUAGCUUGAGUUUGACGUUAAUAGCCUGCCACUAAAGUCGCGAAUGCUCGGACAGAAGACAGAAAGUCUGGGUGCAUAUACCAACUAUGACCUCACUAUCAGAGGCUCGGACCUACUAUGAGUGGAAUACAUCUCGAUUUAUC